AGAGAGAGAGAGAGAGAGUGUGAAAGAGAGAGUGAGUGUCUGUCUUCGCAUAAGCUGCAACUGUGCACGUUUCUUCUGACGGAACGUAUUUGCAGUGUUAAAGCCUGCUAUGUAGAAGUACAAAUCGAAGCUGACGACCACGAAGCGCCCUCCUGAAGAAAUCGCAGCGCGUGGAAAGGAUGCUGCGCUCACAAGAAGCAGGUGUAUCCAGCCCAGUGAAGGAGGAAAGGGGAACAGAGCAGGACCACAACGAUUACUCCAAACGAAAACUCUUCUGUUUCAGCUGCUGGUUAACGCGCCUCUUUUCUUCAUAGUAACCGGAUAUUUUUUCCUCCGAUUUAUAGCAGGUGACAAGGAGAAUGAGGACGCUAUGAAGCUGAUAAAAGCACAGCUCAUUUGGAAAACACUGUAGAGCCAAAAGAAUAAUAAUAAUAAUAAUAAAUUGGAACCUCUGUUGGCUUCUCACAGCUGCUAAACUGAAAUAACCACUUUUCAAGGAGAUCGGUUAAUUAUCAGCAAGGAUGACUGGAACACUUUUAUCGGCGGAGUCACUCUACAUAGGGAUGGAGGUGGUGAUUGCUCUCGCCUCUGUGAUCGGGAACGUGAUGGUGGUUUGGGCGGUGAAAAUUAAUAAAUCCUUGCGAGAUACCACGUUUUGUUUCAUAGUCUCUUUGGCUCUGGCGGAUAUUGCAGUGGGAGCGCUCGUCAUCCCUUUGGCUAUCACCAUCAGCAUCGGACUUAAAACUCACUUUUACAGCUGCCUGCUCGUCGCGUGCACUGUGCUGGUGCUGACUCAAAGUUCAAUCCUGGCCCUGCUGGCUAUCGCGAUUGACCGCUAUCUUAGGGUCAAGAUCCCGACCAGGUACAAGCGAGUGGUGACCCCUCGACGAGCCGGCCUGGCCGUGGUGAUAUGCUGGACAGUGUCUUUCAUUGUGGGGCUCACACCCAUGUUAGGCUGGAACAACCUCAAGCGCCUCCAGCAGAAUGGCUCCAUCAGUGCAGACCUUAUCAUCAUCUGCCAGUUUGAAAACGUUAUCAGCAUGGACUACAUGGUCUACUUUAACUUUUUUGGCUGGGUUCUGCCGCCACUGCUGCUAAUGCUGGUCAUUUAUGCAGAAAUCUUCUACAUGAUCCACAAGCAGCUGAACAAUAAGAAACUCAAUACCACUCACUCAGAUCCCAACAAGUACUAUGACAAAGAAUUAAAUCUUGCCAAGUCUCUGGCUCUGGUCCUUUUUCUCUUUGCCAUCAGUUGGCUCCCCCUCCACAUCAUCAACUGUAUCACGCUCUUCUGUCCCGAGUGCAAUAAGCCCAUCGUCCUCCUCUAUAUUGCCAUCCUGCUCACACACGGCAACUCUGCUGUCAACCCAAUCGUCUACGCUUUCCGCAUUAAGAAGUUCCGCUCAGCCUUUCAGAAAAUCUGGCAGCAAUACUUCUGUUGUAAAGACACACCGGCUUUGGAUUUCCAGCACAGUGACAGGAAGGAGAUGCCCAAUCUGAUGCCACUGCAGACAACGCCUCUCGAGGCCACUCAGAUGGAGAACCUUAAAUUGAAUUCACCACAACAGCAGCCUCCAUCUGAGCCACAGGAGGACCAGAAGACUCAAACACCUCAACAAACUAAUGAACAUCCGCCAUUACUGGAGCAGAACACAGUCUAAGUGAAGGAAACGCUCUGAUGGCUUGAGAAGUAACGCUCAGUGCACAAUCAGCCUCAUGAGAAGCAUGAAUUGCUACACAGGGCAGCAAUGUCUUGCUGACUGAGGCGACCUGGAACACCGGUAAUUAAUUUAUCUUUCCUCAGGUGGAAUGUGUUCAUUCAAAGUUUUAUCAGAGUGCAAAAUGAAAAAAGUAGGGAGGAUACAGAUAAACUGGCAAUAAUGGAAACCAUUUGACUGUGUUUAUGUUAGACACAGACUGGAAACAUUAAACUUAACUGUUUUAUACAUAAUGGUGAAACAGUUGGUGUGUUAUUGUGAUUGGUCAGUAUCAGAUAUAAAAGUUACAACUGGCUUGAGUAUAAAUUCAAUAGAGCAGGGUAAUCUUACUACUGUAAUACUAUGUAUGUUUAAACUGACAGUGGCAAAAUAAUAUGAAUGUAAUCAUGUAAAUGUGAUUCUGUAGCAGCACAGCUGUGAAUCCUCAUUUUUUCAUCGGGGUCUUAAUUGCACAACAAUGUGUAGAGGAAAGCAGCACUACAGGAGAGAUUUUUGCAGCAACAUGGUGCAGUGAAGAUUUUUUUUAACUUUUUGACUCCUCUUCACUGAACUUCCAGCCCUCCUUAAUCCAACAGCAGUUUUCCGUUGCAGGAGAGAUGGACAGAGAUACUAAAAAAGCAGAUGGAAGCAAUGGGAGGAUUUAACAUUUUAGAGGCUACAUGCAAGAGACCUGUAGCAGCAACUCAUAGGAGAAAAACACAAGAUGCACUUAAAGCUCAUCCUUGUCCAGACGCCACACCAGCUGGUGGUUUUAACAGGCUUCUCCCCCCUUCCUUCCAACACAGAGUGAUGAUAACAUCAUCUAAAUUUACCACCACAGACUGCAGCUUCCAUGGCCUUAUUCAAUAUUUUUGAUUGGAACUGAAUGAACUCUGACCUAGAAAUGAAAAGCUGAAGAUUGUGACUAUUUACUACCCUGUAAUCUCAACAUUUUACAUAUUGCCAAACUGGGUUAUCUGUAGAUUAAUAACUACUUUAAAUGCCACUCACGUAAACAAAAUGUAAGAGAAUGUAAUGUUAUUUUGUUUUGCCCUUUGUACAGACCCUGUGUUCAGGCCAAAAUGUUUCACUAAUGUUCAAAAUUUAAGACAAUCUCUCUCAUAAGGUUAACAUUUUUCUACAACUGUCUUAAACAUCUCAGAGGCAGGGAGAGAGGAUGAACACUUUGAUGCUCGAAAGGCUGAAAGAAACCUUGCAGCAGUCCGCCCCUCUUGUCUGUUUGAGUUGUAUUGAAUAUGUGGAGGUAUGGAUAAAAGAUAUAGAGAUUAAAGGGAAAAAUAAACUACUUGUAUAAUAAUGUCUUUAGCUAUCAUUAUUUUAAGCUUUGUUUGCCAUUUUGAUUAUUUUAGAAUAGUGAAAUCCAAUUAUCAUUUUAAUCAUUUUAUGACAGAUUUGUGGUACAAAUGUUACUGCUGAUAGCACAGUCCAAGCCUGUG